GAACAACAAGAACACGACACAUCACAUCACUAGCAUGUCCUGGGAAUCCUUAAUGCCGACCCCAAUCCAAGUUAGGAGCCCAGACAUUGAUGAGUACGAUGAUAGUGUUAAAGAGAAACAACUCAAUCACAAUCCGACCAGUUCAAUGGAAAAUGAAUUGCAGAUUGUAAGCUUGUCACCAUCACCAUCAUCCUCACCUUUCAAGCUUCCAGAUGAUUGGAUAGUGGAGGCAAAGCCCCGUCACUCUAACCCCUACCACGUUGACAGGUAUUACUAUGAGCCAGGCACUGGAAGGAGGUUUCGUUCUCUGGUAUCUGUUCAGAGAUAUCUAACACAAGAAACAAGAGACUAUGUUACUACCGAGAGAAAGAAAUCAGAAAAUGAAAACACUACCUACAUAGACUCUGGGACUCGGUUCCGUUCCUUGAGUGCUGUUGAGGAAUAUUUAACCGGAGAAAAUGCUUGUGCUGAUACAUUCGAGUCAGUGGUGAAAUCUGGCACUGCAAAACAAAGUGCUCGUGGUGGUGUGAAAAGUUGCCAAAGACCGGUCAAAAAACACUCUUCAGUUGCUAAAGAAGACAAAAUCACUCUAAAGUCUAAGAAGUCUGAUUCUCCGAAGAAAAUGAAUUCGAGAAAGGACAACAGAGCUUCCAUGCAUAACUUAUCCGAACCACCAACAAAAGUAAGCUGGGUUCUAUCUGGUCCUGGGGGCUUCUGGAGCCCUUUCGUAGAUGAUUCUAUGGUACCAGAAUCUGAAAAGCUGAAAUGGUCUGAAGCAUUUGUACUAUCCAUUAAUGAUGGAGUUAUUAAUGGACUUAAUAGCUGAGCUUUUCAGGGACUACAAUAGAGAUGAAAGAACAUAUUGGUGAGCAUGUGCUGAUACCAUGUAGCUUAGAUUGUAAAUCAGAUUAUCUACGUGACUAAUCUUAUAAUCCGUAAGUAGAGAUUUUUCUAUUUCACUUAUUGUAAUGUAGAAUUUUUUGUUUUUUGGGUUGCAUCUCCAAGCACCUGGUGAGGGUGAAGGAUUGAAGUUUCGACAUCACCAGACUUCAAUCUUUAUUAGGACUAGGACUAGUGUCAAUUGAGCUAUAAACUCGUUGGCAGUAACAAGUUUUGCUGAGAGACAGUUUAU